GGGGUGAGGUGAGGGCCGCUGCUUUCCUUCUGUGGGGCCCGGAGGACAGCCCCUUCCCCAGGCUCUCAGGGAGGCCCCGGUGACGCCCUCGGCGGCUGGGGCUAAGGGAAGGCGGCGUGGGCGUCCCGGAGGGCUGCUGGGGAGAUGCCGAUUUGUUCCUGACCAUCCAUAAAAAUGUCCAAGCAACAGCCUGCUCAGUUUACUAAUCCAGAAACCCCUGGCUACGUUGGAUUUGCAAACCUUCCCAAUCAGGUUCACCGGAAGUCUGUGAAAAAGGGGUUUGAAUUUACUCUUAUGGUGGUUGGUGAAUCUGGAUUGGGAAAAUCUACAUUAAUAAACAGCCUCUUCUUGACAGAUCUCUACCCAGAAAGGAUAAUCCCAGGAGCUGCUGAGAAGAUUGAACGCACUGUGCAGAUUGAAGCCUCAACUGUUGAAAUUGAAGAGCGGGGUGUGAAACUACGUCUGACAGUUGUAGAUACACCAGGAUAUGGGGAUGCUAUCAAUUGUCGAGACUGUUUUAAGACCAUAAUCUCUUACAUUGAUGAGCAGUUUGAGCGAUAUCUGCAUGAUGAGAGUGGUUUGAACAGAAGACACAUCAUAGAUAACCGGGUUCAUUGCUGCUUCUAUUUCAUUUCACCGUUUGGUCAUGGCCUUAAGCCUCUGGAUGUUGAGUUUAUGAAGGCCAUACACAACAAAGUAAAUAUUGUACCAGUGAUUGCAAAAGCUGAUACGCUUUCUCUGAAAGAGCGAGAAAGACUAAAGAAAAGGAUUCUGGAUGAAAUAGAAGAGCAUGGCAUCAAGAUUUAUCACCUGCCUGAUGCUGAAUCAGAUGAGGAUGAAGAUUUUAAAGAGCAGACCAGACUCCUGAAGGCCAGCAUUCCAUUUUGUGUAGUAGGAUCCAAUCAACUCAUUGAAGCAAAAGGCAAAAAAGUUAGAGGUCGACUCUACCCAUGGGGUGUAGUUGAAGUGGAGAAUCCGGAACAUAAUGACUUCCUGAAGCUGAGGACCAUGUUAAUCACCCAUAUGCAAGAUCUUCAGGAGGUGACCCAGGAUCUUCACUAUGAGAACUUCCGCUCCGAGAGGCUCAAACGAGGCGGCAGGUUGUCAUCUUAUGGUUACAUGCUGUUUCUUCCUCCUCUGAAUUUAUUUUUUGGUGUCUGUCUCUCCUACCAUUUCAUUGCUAGGAUUUGGUAGAUCACAGACAGGUCU